CGGUUAUUUUCUCUUUAUUUAUAACUACAAUAUAAAGUUAUGAACUAUAUAUAUUAUAAAUUAAUAAUUUAUUUACCCUUGAAGUCUAAUGAUUAAAAAUAGAACAUAAUUCAAUAUAGAUAUAUGAUUCUAUUAAUAAAUUAGCAGUUACAAAUUUGAAAUUUCUAGAAAUAUCAAAAGUCGUAUGUUAGUUAAUUAUUUUCUAAAUGACAUCUAUUUCUAAAUCUUUUUGGAUGAAAAUAUUUUUGGGCUGCGAAAUUUUUCUUUACCUGGCCCACCAGCAAAUAUUUUUGCAGCCUUUUAUAUAUUUUUUUUUGGUUUUACAGCGUUCGGACUGGUCCGAGUGGGAUAUUCAGUGAUGUUACGUGAUAUAAAUCAAGGAGCAUAGGCAAUAGUUUUUAUCCAAGUGACAUGGCAGUUUGAUAGGUGGAGAUUAUUUUGUCCAUGUGGCACCUCUAGAAAAGCUAGAAUUUAGUUUCUUUUAUAUAGUAGGAUCACCUUUUUAUUCGUUUGCAUUUCAGGUGGCAAACAAGCUAUCAUUUAUGAUAUGGCUACUCGGGAGGUUCUAACAUUUUUAAGGUAAAAAAAAAUAUGGUUAUAUUCAAUUUUGUUGGGGAAAGAAAAAAAAUGGGGUAAAAUACUUACACACUUCAUCCAAAUAUGCAGAACUAGAGUUCUUACGAAUUCUUUCACAGCUUCGGUGACUUAUUCAACCUCCAACUGACAAUCUUCAGUGGUAUGUCCUCUUCUUCCCCUACACGGCACACUGAAAACACUGCAAAAUAUCUUUUGUCCAUCCACAAUGACAAAAGUCUUUUCUCUCGGGUUUGUUCUUUGUCAAUCCUUUUUGAUAAUUUAUGAGACAUGAAGAAUGACAACAUUUGAUAAGAAUUGAAUUUCCUCACAAGUUGUGGAGCAUAUACUGAAAGACUUUCCUUUUGAAUGCCAAAUAAGGACUCGAUCACCUUACUUCGAUCCAUAUCUUUUCGAAUUUGAUGAGAAUGUGCUGAAAAUUAAGAAGGUGAUGACUCUUUCUUUCUCAUGCAAUUCAUUCAUUAUCAUCGCUUAAAAACACCUCUUUGUUUCUUGUGUCUUUGCUGGCAUAGUGCCUUGUUCAAUUUUAUUAGAAAAUAUGGUUUCAAGAUUUUCAGGGGUGGAUGGGAGUGUAUGAUGAUAAUGUGGCCAAAUUCAAGUCUCUAAAACACCCGCAAUAGCAAAAUUUCAACAUCCGAGCAUGUUGAAUUAGUUAUUAAGUAUAUCAUACGAAAUCACAAAACGAAAAUGUUGCCUAAACUAAACUCUUAGUGCUCUCUAUACAUGUGAGACAAGCAUGAAAGCCGCUACCUUUUGGAAAGAGCUAGGUCCUCCUUCAUCCCAAUAUGCCACUCAUUAUAUAUUUUCUGUAUGGCGGCGAUAUGCACUAAAAAAUGCAUCAAUAUUCACCGGCCAUAAGUCAUGCUCUUGGUGGCUUGGCUCAUAUAACUUAAUAUGUUCAUCUACGUCAUUGAAUUGUAAAAUUAAGGAAGUGAUAUUGGAUCCAAUAAUUCAAUUGAUUUUCAAAGAAUUCAAUUGAAAACAUAAAUAAAAGAUUUUGAAGUAUUUUAAAUGAUUUAAUGAGGAUUUUAAUGCAUUAAUUCUUUCAUUUUAAAUUUUAGAGGAAUACAAUUAAAUUUGAUAGAAAUCAAUUCCUUUAAAUUUCAUGAACUUGUUGAAUUAUAAAAAAGCACAAAGAAGAACAAUAAUCUUUACUGAUAAACAUAAUAAAACCAUAAUCAUUUGCAUACCAGAUAUAUAGAGAUUUUUUUUUUAAAGUGAAAGAAAAGCUCUACUAACAAAAAAAAUAAAGAUGCAGAGAGACUCUAUCGGAAUAUAAAAGUGUGUUCCUCCAUUGUAAUAUGGAUUACAAUAAAUGAUAUAUUUUUCAUUUCGUCAAAUUGAUAAUAUAUUUGUUUGACGGAUAACAAACAUUACAUUUCUAAGUAUAUUGUCUCAAUAACUUUGACGUAAAUAUCUAAUAAAUAAAUGUUAUAAAGAAUUAUCUUCAAAUCCUAGUUUGAAUUUUAAGAAUUGGUUUUUUAUCACAUUUCAUAAUACAUUUUCUUUUUCAAAUACAAUUACCAUGAAGUCCACCAAAAUUGAAUAACACAAAUAUUUAAUUAUUGUUUUGACGGCAACACAAAUAUUUAAUAGAACCCUUGUUCUAAAAAGCGGCCGAGUUGCCGAGUAAUCGUCCGCAAAAUCGUGAAGCGGGUAGUCACCGUGGCGAGUUUGGCCAAUUCGGAUACAUUCUACUGUAGCCCGUAUUUUAACCGCCGAGAACGUGGUAUAAAGUUACGCGGCCGCGUAAUGUUGUUUACGAAACCUAAAAAGUUUCUGAAAAGUUGUUAAUAUUUGUAGAUCUCAAGUAAUUAUAGUAUACAAAUCAGGAAAAGCAAGUGAAAACAAAAUAAAGAAUAAACUGGAAACCAUGGAUGCGAAGGUUUAGUUGCAGAACCGAAUAAAGAGGAAAGAAGAUGAUGACAUCUACAUCUUUUUUGUAUUUUACAAAACAAAAUAAAUAAAAACUACAAACGUUACCAUUUUUUAUUCAAAUCAUGUUUUAGCUGGCCCAAAUAGAGUAAGGCAGCCCAUUAACCUAAACUAUAAUAAUAUUUGGAAUCCACAAAAGUAAUAUAUAUGUAUUAUUGAAAAUUAAAACCCUAUUAAAAAUCCUCGAGUACUCCCCCGAUUUAUUUCCGAUUUUCCGAUAACUCGCUAGGCCUUGAUCAGCCGCACGCGUUGCGCCUAGCGAGUUUCCGAACAAGGAAUAGAACUAGAAAAUUAGUGAAUUGAAUAACAAUAUAUAAUUUAAACUGACAUGAAAAUCUCAGAGAUAGAUAAAGUUAAGAUAACACAACAAGACAAUGUAUAAUGAAAGUGAAAGAAGAUUAUACAUAUAUAUGGUCUAUGACAAGGUUCAAGUACAAGUACAACUGGACGAACAAUUGAUGCAUAUGAUCUUGGAAAUUGUGGUUAUGGUUCUCUGUCUAGCGCUAAGCCUCUUGAAUCUACUAUCAGUGUUGCCAUAACCAUUCAUACACAAAAUCAUCAAUCAGACCUAAGAAAGCAAAAUCAAUCUUUCUUUUUACAUGGCAGUGGAGGCAUUUGCAUCCUUUAACUUUUCAGCUAACUCUUGCAUCUGGAAUCGCCGACUGCCUUCCUUUAUAGCCUACUACAUCAACAAGUUAAAAUAGGCUCGUUCUCAAUUAUUGGCCCAGGCCCAUUAGACUCCCCCCGCAAUUAAACCUCAUUGACCGGAAAAUACCGAAAAUUAACCGAAAAGAUGCAGACAUCCUUCUCGCUGAUCCAAACGGUGGCAAUCUCCGGCGUAUUCUCAGCCGUCUCUUGCUGGUAUGGAUUCAUGUUCGGUAGAGAAUCGGCGAGAAAAGAGCUCGGCGGUUUGAUCGAAGAACUCCGUCGCGGAGGUCCCGAUUCUUCUUCCCCUCCCAACUCGUGAGUUAACUGCUCACAAUUCCACCAGACACUUCCAUUAGAAGAAAGAAUCUCUUAGUUUUGAUUUCGAUUGCUCCAUUUACGUUUUCCAGAAUGUUGAUUUGAUGAUAGUUUCUUUCAUGUUCUGAGCAAUUAUUGUAUGUGUUAUCAAAGUAUUCAUUGUCUACACAAGAAAUGCAUAUUGAUAAGAUUGUAACAAAACAAAAAUGCAUAUUAUUUGAGAUGAGAGUUUGAAGAUGAAAAGUU